ACCACUCCUCAUUAUUCAUCCAGCAGCAAGGCGACCUCAAAGACCACUCCUCACUAUUCAUCCAGCAGCAAGGCGACUCCAAAGACCACUCCUCACUAUUCAUCCAGCAGCAAGGCGACCUCAAAGACCACUCCUCACUAUUCAUCCAGCAGCAAGGCGACCUCAAAGACCACUCCCCACUAUUCAUUCAGUAGCAAGGCGACUCCAAAGACCACUCCUCAUUAUUCAUCCAGCAGCAAGGCGACCUCAAAGACCACUCCUCAUUAUUCAUUCAGCAGCAAGGCGACCUCAAAGACCACUCCUCAUUAUUCAUUCAGCAGCAAGGCGACCUCAAAGACCACUCCUCAUUAUUCAUUCAGCAGCAAGGCGACCUCAAAGACCACUCCUCACUAUUCAUUCAGCAGCAAGGCGACUCCAAAGACCACUCCUCAUUAUUCAUCCAGCAGCAAGGCGACCUCAAAGACCACUCCUCACUAUUCAUCCAGCAGCAAGGCGACUCCAAAGACCACUCCUCACUAUUCAUCCAGCAGCAAGGCGACCUCAAAGACCACUCCUCACUAUUCAUCCAGCAGCAAGGCGACCUCAAAGACCACUCCCCACUAUUCAUUCAGUAGCAAGGCGACUCCAAAGACCACUCCUCAUUAUUCAUCCAGCAGCAAGGCGACCUCAAAGACCACUCCCCACUAUUCAUUCAGUAGCAAGGCGACUCCAAAGACCACUCCUCAUUAUUCAUCCAGCAGCAAGGCGACCUCAAAGACCACUCCUCAUUAUUCAUUCAGCAGCAAGGCGACCUCAAAGACCACUCCUCACUAUUCAUCCAGCAGCAAGGCGACCUCAAAGACCACUCCCCACUAUUCAUUCAGUAGCAAGGCGACUCCAAAGACCACUCCUCAUUAUUCAUCCAGCAGCAAGGCGACCUCAAAGACCACUCCUCAUUAUUCAUUCAGCAGCAAGGCGACCUCAAAGACCACUCC